GGACAGAGCGCGGUUUACGGCAGCGUGUGGAAAAUGGCGGAGGGUGCGGACGGGACGAGGGGGGAGGUGCAGGAACACGCUGAGGAGGUGAAGGCCAGGGCCAACCAGUAUUUCAAAGAUAAAGAUUACGACAAUGCCAUUAAGUAUUACACCCAGGCCAUCGAGUUGAACUCUGAGAAUGCCAUUUAUUAUGGGAAUCGUAGUUUGGCAUACUUACGAACUGAAUGUUAUGGCUAUGCCUUGUCAGAUGCCACCAAAGCGGUGGAGCUGGAUAAAAAAUACAUUAAAGGGUACUAUAGGCGAGCAACAGCCAACAUGGCACUGGGCAAAUUUAAGGCUGCACUGAAGGAUUAUGAAACGGUGGUCAAAGUAAAACCAAAUGACAAGGAUGCAAAAAUGAAAUACCAAGAAUGUAAUAAAAUAGUCAAACGGAAAGCGUUUGAGCGUGCAAUAGCAAACGAUGAGCUGAAGAGAUCAGUGGUGGACUCUCUGGAUAUAGAGAGCAUGACAAUCGAAGGUGAUUACACUGGUCCGAAACUUGAAGAAGGCAAGGUCACAUUACAGUUCAUGAAGGACUUAAUGGAGUGGUUUAAAGACCAGAAGAAAUUGCACAGGAAGUGUGCUUAUCAGAUACUGGUCCAGGUGAAGGAGGUGCUGUCGAAACUCCCCAGUCUGGUUGAGAUCACGGUGGGCGAGAAAGAGUUCAUUACCGUUUGCGGAGACAUUCAUGGGCAGUACUACGACCUGUUGAAUAUAUUUGAACUCAAUGGUUUGCCGUCGGACUCUAAUCCUUAUUUAUUUAACGGUGACUUUGUAGACAGAGGCUCUUUCUCGGUGGAGGUUAUAUUAGUCCUCUUUGGAUUCAAGCUGCUCUAUCCAAACCACUUCCAUGUUCUCCGAGGUAACCACGAAACGGACAACAUGAACCAAAUGUAUGGCUUUGAAGGAGAGGUGAAGGCCAAGUAUACGUCGCAGAUGUUUGAGCUCUUCAGUGAGGUGUUCCAGUGGCUCCCUCUGGCACAGUGCAUCAACAGUAAAGUUUUGAUAAUGCAUGGAGGGCUCUUCAGUGAAGAUGGUAUCACCCUCGAAGAUAUCAAGAAGAUUGAUCGAAAUCGGCAACCUCCAGAUUCAGGUCCAAUGUGUGACUUGCUCUGGUCAGAUCCACAGCCUCAGAAUGGGCGAUCGGUCAGCAAGCGUGGUGUCAGCUGCCAGUUUGGGCCAGAUGUCACCAAGCGAUUCCUGGAGGAGAACAAGUUGGACUACAUAAUCAGGAGCCACGAGGUGAAGCCAGAGGGUUACGAGGUUACGCAUAAUGGCAAAUGUAUCACUGUGUUCUCUGCGCCAAACUACUGUGAUCAAAUGGGAAACCAAGGGGCAUAUAUUCACCUCAGGGGCUCGGAUCUGAAACCAUUCUUUCAUCAAUUUAAAACUGUGCCUCACCCAAAUGUUAAACCGAUGGCAUAUGCAAACUCGCUACUGCAGCUGGGAAUGAUGUAGCAUCGGAGCAUCUGGUUUGGACAGUAAUCCCUCCCACAGGUGGGGAGGGAUGGCAUCAGGGUUUAAUUUAAUCUUCCUCACUAGAUCUGCUGCCAUCUCUGAACCAAGUCUUCUACCUUUCUAGCACCACAGCCCUUGAUGAUGUGACCUGCCCCAUGCUGUGCUAAGCUAUGGAGUGUAAAUCAGCUCUCAAACAUGUGGCCCAUGCACAGUUUGUGUUGAGACACGAAUCCUUGCCCUUCAGCGUUUGGUUUCAGAUCAAAUCCUGAAUCACUGCACCAGUCAGACUCUGCUGAAUAAAACAAUUUAAUACCCUAACUUUUGCCAACCACCUUUCAUCCAUCUCCCUUCUGCCGAUCACCUUUCGUCUGCCUCCCUUCUGCUCGACCAGCCCAGUGGUUGAUCUUGACCUCUGCUUCACUGCCAGAGGAGGAGAGAGGUGUGGCUGGUUGGUAAUCGAUUGCCAGCUUCAUUUGAACAGUCAUGAGGUACUGAAUCCCUUCACUAUGUUUCUCACUCUUUCACAGUUCUGACCUUUGCCUCCCCCCCAAACCCAACCGUCCCAAACGUUUCGUCAGCAAAAUCCAGAAGUAUGUAUGUGUAUAUACAUAAUAUAUAAUUAAGAUUGUGAUGCUUGGUAGUUUUAUACGCAGGGAUAUCUAGUUGGCAUCGGUAUAUGAAGGCUAGUUCUGGUUUGCUACUUCAGGUUGUCUCCAGUCAUUUAUCUCUACGACAUUCAGACUCCCGUCUGCAAAUCCCAGUCAGAAACUUUCAAGCAUUGGCUGUUGAUGUCUCAACUGCCUUCUGGCUCCAUGCUCACUUGUUUCAUCUGCUUGAUGGGUUUUUUUUUGGCUGGUGUAUUGCAAGCAAGGUUAAUUCUGUCACUUCUGAAGGAUUAAUCGAUGAAUGCUAAAGCUCUCAAUCUAAAAUUGGCAACCUGUUUUCUCUAAAUUCAUGAGAAGUACGGCUUUUGUGCUUGGAGAUAGACAGACUGGGAGUAUUAGAUUACAUUAAAACCAAUCUAGGUGUCUCACUACCUUUUGAUCUGGAGCAAGUAAUGAAAGGUGGGUCUCAGCAUUAUGUUCCCUUGGCUGACAGAACCAUUGUUGCGAGAAAAGGUUCUGGAAGUAAUUUUGAUCACUGACUCAUCCUUAUAGAUUGAGGUGUGGUAGCUUCCAUUGUGGCAGACUUUUAAAAAUAAAUAAAUAAACCUUGCACUUCCAUAGCAACUUUCACAUCCUUGAAGUUACAAGACGCUUUCUAGACAGAAAAGUAAACUGUAACAUGGAGUCAGAGCUUCAGGAAACACACUUACCUAUUUGUGUAGAGCAAGCUCCCACAGAAAGAACAUAAUGGUGGCCAGUUAAACUGAGUGGUUAGCUGGGGCAGGGUGCUUUUGCAGGAAGGUACCAGGGCAGUGGGAGAAUACCUUAGUUACUGAACUGAAAGGACAGAUGGGGUGGUUAAGAGUGCUUUUUGAUCAUUCACGCUGAUGCAUCCUUUGUCUACAGUGGUGGGUCCCUUAUCAUUGAUGCAUGCUGUCCGUAGAGAUGGGUCCACUUUCUUAAUUUGCUUUAGUCUGGUUUGGUGUGUCAUCUCAUCGCUUUAUUUCCAUCCCCAAUGAAAGAAAUUUACUUUACACACUGCCCACAAUCUCAUUAGAGUCUCUCAUGCAUGACUGAAUUAGGAGAUUGAAUUGAUGGGUUCAAUCAAAACCAAUGACCAGCAAAACCAUGUGAAGUAGGAAGACAGUUAUAAAUCAGAAAGUUUUCCUGGCAUCUACAGCUCCAUAACAUCUGGUCUGUACAGUCCAUUGGGCGAGCCUCUUAACCCCAAUCCCAGCAGCAGCAAACUCCUCUCCUCUUCCCUGGCUUGAGGAGCUGAGUGAACCAUUUCCAUUGUAGCGACGAAGGAGUAGGUGAGUGUGGUGAGCGUGGCUAACCAGAGGGUGAGGGAAGGAGAAAUUUAGAGCAGAGGCCAGGGCACUCCAUAUCAUAUCCAUUCUUCUUCAUUCGGCAGUGGUGAAAGGAGCUGCAUUUUUCAACACAAUCCGCUUCGUGUGGCUUAAAAUGUUGCACCUGCUCCAUGGCUUUAGAAUGUACCAACGUUGGCUCCAAACUGGUACUCUCGCCACUCCCACUGAUUGUUUUGUUUGAAGGUGCACUAGUUCUUAUCAUGAUUAAUUCCCUUAGAUUGAGAAUAAUUUGGGUGUUGGUAUAGAAUUAAUAGGUUAUAAUUGGGAGAAAAGUCUGUUCAGAUCUCAGUUUUAUUUUGUAAGCCUUUCCUUUCCAACUUCAUAGUGAAACUUAUGACUUUGUAGCACUCUGCCUCCAGAUCAGGAAGUUGGAGAUUCAAAUCUAUCCAUUCGUUCCCAAGAGACAGCCAGCAAACUUCAGGCCGAGUGCGAUUCCCUGUGUGGCACUGUAGGUGUUGCUGUGUUUUAGGAGACGUUAAACAAAGGUCCAGUCUGCACUCUGUCUGUAGACAACUCCCUGGGCUAUAAUUUGAGUAGGAACAGGGGAGGUGCCCCCAGUGUCCUGAGCCAACAUUUGUCCAUCGGCUAAUGCCACAAAAAAAGCUGUAAUAAAACCAGAAAAAUGCUGGAAACACUCAACAGGUUGGGCAGCAUCUUCAGAGAAAGAAACGGGGUUAAUGUGUUAGCUCGAAUGAUCUGAUGAAUUGUUCUUUUCUGUGUGGAUGUUGAGUGUAUCCAGUAUUUUUUCAUUUUAUUUCAGAUUUUCCAACAUCUGUUUUUUGUUACAUUUUCAGACUAAAAACAAAUUGUUUGGUUUUUACAACCACUCCCUUUAAGCUGCGUGAGAGCGUACAGUAACUGAAAUGCUCCUGCACACGGCCUUUGUUGCCAGCAGCUGAAAUCUUUUGUACCGUGUCAUGUUUUAUUGAAGUGCCACGCCAUUUUCCUGCUUAGAGCAAGGCUUGAUCUGCACAUCUGUACAAAGGAACGGGACAAACAUUGGUUACAGUGCUGCUUUUCAUAGCUUGCUGCGCUCAAAGUGACUGAUAUGUUUUCCAGUAUCUACACAUCAGAGGCUGUGAAAGAAAUGUUUUUGCUCCCUUCAUUACCCCAAACCGGUUCUCCAACACUGUGAAGAUUUCUAUUGCCCAUCUACCAACUGGUAGAAGGGAUCCUGUGAUUAAAGUGUAAAGAAUGUGUUCAGAGGAGGCUACAGGUGUGUACCUGGGCUUCUCUAUGUUCUGCCUUAGUGUGACCCUGAGUAAUUUUCCUUUUUGUGAUCUGUGGUUAAGCUAGUUCUGGGGGCCACACAUAUCUCUGAACAAACAGGCUAGCAAUCCUCACAAAAUGCUGGAGGAGCUGAGACCCUUCAUCAGGACUGGAAAGGAAUGGGGAAGACGCCAGAAUAAAAAGCUGGGGCGUUGGGGGGAGGACCAGCUCAAAGUUGAUCGGCGAAACCAGGUAGGAAAGAUAAAGGGCUGGAGAAAAAGGAAACUGAGAAGAGAGCAGAGUGGACUGGGAGAAAGGAAAGGAGGACAGACAGCAGGGUGAUGUAAUAGGCAGGGGAGGAGAAGAGGUAAGAGGCAGAGUGGGGAAUAGAAGGUUGGGGGAGGGAAAAAAUCCAGAAGGAGAGAUCAUUGUUCAUGCCAUCAGGUUGGAGGAUUGCUAGAUUGACUGAGGUAUUACUCCUCCAUCCUGAGAGAGGCCAACAUGUUGGAAUGAGAGUUGGGGAUAGGAAUUGAAAUUGUUGGCCUCUUUGGGUAAAUAAAGCAGAGGUGCUUGACAAAGCAUUCCCCCAAUUUACAUUGAUUUCUCCUUCCAGUAACCCCUUUUCUCUGUUUUCCUUUUCCUCCCCUCUUCCCUCUUCCUCUAUUCCCCUCUCCAGCCUCUUAACUCUUCUCACCUGCCUAUCCCUUCCCCCUGGUGUCCCUCCUUCCCUUUCUCCUAUGGUCCACUUUCCUCUCCUAUCAGAGUCCUUCAACAUUUUACUUUUCCCACCUGCCUGCCUUCACCUAUCAAUUCGACACUGUGCUCCUUCCUCUCCCCUUAACCUUUUUUAUUCUGGUGUCUUUCCCUUCCUUUCCAGUCCUGAAGAAGGGUCUCUGCCCGAAACGUCAACUGUUUAUUCCUUUCCAUAGAUGCUGCCUGACCUGCUGAGUUCCUGCAGCAUUUUGUGUCUGUUGCUCUGGAUUCCCAGAAUCUCUUGUGUUACGGCCAGCAAUUGUUAACUACAAUUCCUUUAAAAUCCUACUCCCUAGUUGCAGGGUUAAACCGCCAGCCAGCUGAACUUACGGGUUCCCCUGAAGAACUGAGCGUUCUUCGUGGUGUCCCAUCCAUCCCACCUCACCCCCAACAACCUCUAUCCUUUCGUGCUGCUUCAGGAUCUUGAUUCUUGUAUUAUUCAACAGCUCCUCAUUACUGUGAAGCUUCCCAGUGCUGAGAAAGUCACUAUUUAAAUGAAAAUUUUAGUGUGCAUCUGUCAAGGUUCCUGCAGUUUGACUGUCACUCUGACAGUUGUUGAGAUGCUUGUGUUGCCUGUUUGCUCGGUGAUGGACAGUGAUGUUCCUCUAGGAAAGAAAUGGAGAGUAUUGUGAUCAGCGCAAGAGUUGUUUUGUGAUUGCCCCUUCAUAUGUAGACUGUUGCUGUUGGUUCAGUGUCAUUGACUGGGAGGCUCAGUGCCCACCAGCUUCACUGUCAUCUCUAACUGAGCAGAGGCAGGAUUUGUGUUCAAAAUUGUUAAAUCUUGGAAGAAGUGGUAAUAUGGGAUGUCAUCUCACUGGAGAACAGUACACUGUCCUGGGUUUUUCUAUGGGGGAAAGUCCUAAUCUUGUAUGGAGGGACGUCUGUUGAGGGCAAAAGGUCAAGACCCUGAGUGAAAAUACCUUCAAUAAACAUGCAAUAUUCCCUACUUUUUGCUGCCUCCUAACUCACUUAACAAAUAAAAUCCCUCUAGUUUUUCCUGCCUGCUGUCAAUAUUCCUUCCAGACACAGCUGAUCUCCCAUGUCCUGUGGGCUUCUGUGCAAGAGUAAGCUUGUGUGACAAUCAAACGGAGCCUCUGGAAAGCCCUGCAAGGUUGCGGGGGAUGGAAAAAGUGACGGGUUUCUCCCCAGACAUCUCAUUUUCUGUGAAGAUUCAUCUGAGUGUCACAGCCAUGUCUUCACCUGUGGGUUCCUCCACAAUGGCAUGGCGGCAUUGAGUUCUUCCUUUGCCGUGGAAUCCAUUUUGUUUUACAGAUAAAAGUACCUUGGGCUUUGGAGAUCAAAUGUUUCAAACCAGCGAGGAAUUUGAAAUAGAAGGGAGAGUUGGACAAAGAGUGGGGGAAGACUUGACGACCUGGUGCUCAGUUUAGGCACAAGAGUUUUAUAAUUGUAUGUGUUUGCCAUCAUAAUGUCACUGUCAAAUAAAAUUUUAUUCAAAUGUUAGAAUUCUGAAUUAUAUUUAAUGACAAUGUGCAUUGUGGUGUUUCAAGACUUGCAACUACCUAAAGAUUGUAUUUGCCAACAGGCAACAGUAUGUUAAAUAAAAAGAUUGCAAGGA